AUGGAAUUUUUGUUAAUAAAGGAUCAAGUGCUUCUCUUGCUUCUAGAAACAGUACUGCAACUGGGGGAGUCACCUGCAAAGAUCUUGGUGGUGCCCAGUUCAUCUCAAGUUAGUGCAAAAACUUCCAGGACUGCUCAGGUCACAUUGAAAAGAUCAGCAGUUCCUACCAGCGUAAACAAUGUGUCACAGAAUAAAAGGAAGCACACACUGGUGGCAUUGGAUGAAAAAUACCCAAAGAGAGAAUAUGUGCGCAGAUCUGCACCUCCAAGUGCAAGAAGCAGCUCCGAGAAUCUCCCUCGUGCUGCAAAGGCACCUAAGAUUUCAAAUGUGACGAAUCCGGUGUCCAAGACUGAAGUUGUGCAGAAAUCAAGAUCAUCAAGUAAUCCCGUUGGAGGAAGAAAUAUGUUGACAAAGCGCUCUGCAAACUGCAAUGAAGAAAAAAGAAAGGUGAUCCGUUCGCACACAGGAGACCUGGCUGAAUCAAGCAUGAGGAGCAAUCUGAAGGGGGGUGGCCCAUCACUGACUAAGAACAAGCCACGGUUAACAAUGGUUCUGACUGGCCAAUCUUUUGUAGGCAAGAGAGGCCACGGUGGCGAUGAUUGCCAAUCUUUUGCAGGCAAGAGAGGCUACGAUGGCGAUGAUUGCAGCCGGAAACCGUUGGUGCACUUGGCGGCCUCGAACUGGAGAAACGCAUCGUUUUGUUUGGAUCACCUGGAGCCUCCAAACUUCUCGUUAGCUUUGCAACACGAAAUUGAGACAAAGCCCUUGUGCGCCGGUCAUUACGGGCAAUCAAAAGCAGCUCAGUUCAUACAGAGCAAGAAGACAUGCCUUGUCUUGUAG